AUUCAGACGCAUCGGACGACUCUUGCUCGUCCCGACGCCGCCAAAUUUCAGCCAAACAGUUGUACCGACAAAUAAUUUAUUAUAGCUGUAUACCGCUUUUCCGGAACUACCAAUUGAAAAUGACAAGUAGUGGUGAUAAUACACAAAUCAGACUGAAUAUGAAACUGCAUCGACAAAAACUUCUUAAAUUUUUGGAGGGUACUAAUGAUACUUUUAUAAAACCUAAAAUCGAAUUAGUUUCAAAGUGUGUCGAAAAAUCACAUUUGGAACCUAAAAUUGAAAUAAUAGACCCUGAACCUUCUAAAGUAGACCUCAAAAAACACUCAGAUCAAUUACUUGAAGAGACUCAAAAUUAUGAUAGUUCAGAUGAUAUUGAUGAAGAAAUUAUUGAAGGUUUGGGUGAUGAUGAUAUUUCUGUUAGAUCUGUUGAUUGCAAUGAAGAUUUCACAAUACACAAUAACAGUGAUAUAAAUGAGAACAGUGAUGUAGAUGAGAACGACGACGAUGAACAAUUAGUCUAUGACAAAAUCAAAAAAACAUACUUGGAUAAUAGUUGCCGCAGUCUUAUCCCUGUAUUGGACGUAAACGGUUCAUCUACCAGAACUAAGCAUUUUGUGGUUGAUAAAACUAAAAAAACAUCAGCUGCACUUGCAAUGAGGAGACUUAUAAAACGUGAAUCUAAAAAAAAAUCACUAAAAAAAUUGGUCAAAUGGUAUGCCGUUUUGAAAUUACUUGAAGUACAUUUGAAACACGAAUAAAAGUGGCAUCAAAAGCAAACGUACUACAGAAUGCUAAAAAAGAAUGCGAAAUGUUAAGACAUAAUAUGGAAAAUAAGUUGAAACUAUUAUCUAUUCUAAAUUAUAAUCAAAUACUCUGUAUGAUACAAUUAUGUCAUAUAGAGUAUUUAUUACAACUCUAACAAUACAAAAUGUAUCAAUGUUUGUUUUUACUAUGUAAUUAAUU